GGAUAAAGAACAGCAGAGCAGCGGAUGGAGAAGAAGGAGCAGAAAGUGGCCCCAAAACUGAAAUAAAUUAAAAGUUAAAUCGAGGAGGAAAAGUGAUCUGCAGGUGUGAAAGGAUCAGGAAAGAGAUCAGAGAAGCUUUGCUGGACUUUUCUUCAGCAGGAAAAGCAGAGAUCAUGUCUCUGGAGGUGAAGGAGAAGACGCAGGUGCGCGUGGUGUUUCUGGGGGCAGCGGGGGUCGGUAAGACGGCUCUGAUCAAACGCUUCCUGCAGGACACCUUCGAGGUGAAACACAGGCGCACCGUGGAGGAGCUGCACAGCAAGGAGUACGACAUCGGAGGGGUGAAAGUCACCGUGGAGAUCCUGGACACCAGCGGCAGCUACUCCUUCCCCGCCAUGCGCAAACUCUCCAUCCAGAACAGCGACGCCUUCGCCCUGGUCUACGCCGUGGAUGACCCCGAGUCCCUGGAGGCCCUCAAGAGUCUCCGGGAGGAGAUCCUGGAGAUCAAGGAGGACAAGUACACUCCGAUCGUGGUGGUGGGGAACAAGGCGGACCGGGAGGAGGAGCGCCUGGUGCCCGCAGACAGCGUGCUGGCCACCGUGGAGAUGGACUGGAACAGCAGCUACCUGGAGGCGUCUGCCAAGGAGAACACCAACGUGGUGGAGGUGUUCAAGGAGCUGCUGCAGCAGGUCAACCUGCCCAGCCGCCUGAGCCCGGCGCUCCGCAGGCGCAGGGAGACCUUCCCCAAAGGCACCGACUUCCGGCCGCCGAUGAACAAAACCAACAGCUGCAUCCUGUCAUGAUGGAGCCGCUGGUUCCCAUGGAGACAAGCUGGAGGCAGGCAGGGGCGGAUUUAGGAACUAUGGGGCCCUAAACAAAGACAGGCAGGGGACAGCCCCAUUCUCCAGAUGUAGAAAUGUUAAUAGAAUAGACAUCCAUGAUCUGUUC